AUGGCUUCAAGAUCGCGCAAGUGCUCAUUCAGCGACAGCAGCGACGCAGCUGAGCCGCGACACCGCCAUGGGAUGAUGAUGUCCGAAAGCAACACCGCUACGAGCUGCCGCCGCUGCCUCUUCGAUAACGUUGCGCCGCCGGUCCUCCUAUCCGCAGCUACCUGGCUCCCCAUCCGCGAUCUUCUCGCCCUUGGCACGGUAAACCGUAGCUUUCGAGACCUCACCAAGGAUGAUAUGCUGUGGAAGUCGGCUGCGGUGUUCUUGUUCAGGUCGGCUCUGGUGGACGGGCAGAAUUCGCUAGUUGAAGGUGUCUCCGUUGGUCUCCACAAGGACGCCCCCGGCAACCUCACGCUGCAAGAUAUCUGCCGCUGCAUGGUUGGGGCGUGGCCGACACACAUCGACCGGCAUUGGCGAGCAGACGAGCUCCUGCAAGCUUCGAUAGGUGGCGUUCUGCAGCCCCUCCAGGCCGGUGCGGCAGGCGGCGGCGUCAGCGGCAGCGGCGCCGACCCAGAAAACGCUCAACAGGCAGAUACAGCCCUGGCAGCAGGGCUCUGCGACGGCGUCGUGUUCAGGGGGGGGCUCGGAGGCGAUCGAGCGGUAAGGGCGAACGUGCCGUUCCCUUGGGCCGGGUGCGGACGCACGCGGACCCAACCUCCUUGUGGGGCAGACAUGUCUCGCGGAGCCAGGCUAGUCAGGAUGGAGCUGACUACGUACGACAGACCCGUGUACCUUCACUACCCGGACGUAGUUCUAGCGCGCGUUAAAGCCGGCGCACCAUUUGCGCUGCUUUGGCCUGGGCAUGCUGCUGCUGCUGGUGGAGGUGAGGGCGAAGGCGGCAGCGGCGAAGACAGCCGCGGUGGCAAUGUCGGGCACGGUGGACUGGUCGACGAGAACGAGAGAGUAAGGCUGAAGGUCGAGAGGCUGCCGAGCUCAGGCCCCGCGCCUUUCUUCCACGCUGGAUACACGGCUUAUUUCGAGAUAACGCUCGGAGACACAAUGGCGCCGCUGGAGCAACCCCGGGAUGAGGAUUUCCAUUUAGAGCAAUGUGUGGCGAUCGGCCUUGCGCAUGACAACUUCCCCCUAGAAGACAAACAGCCCGGCUGGGACCGAAACAGCUGGGGGCUUCACUCGGACGAUGGCUGCUUUCACCAUCGCGGUGCUAUCGCGCUUCCUGCCACGGCAGAUCCGACAACCUUCGGCCCCGGGGACACGGUAGGCUGUGGCCUGCUCUACCCGCGGGGGCUAGCGCACUACGAGCAUUGGCUGUCGGGCCGCGGCGGCGCGUUGCCGACAGCCGGCGAAAACGACAGCGGCGGCAACAACGGGGCGGUCUUCUUCACCAAGAAUGGCCGCUACCUUGGAAUGGCCUCCCGUCGGGUGAACGUCAAGAGACCGCUCUAUCCGUGUGUCGGGCUCGACAGCCACUGCUGCGUGACUGUCAACUUCGGCGUCAAGCCUUUCGCCUUCGACGUACCCGCGUUUGAGGCGCUCUUUACUGGCGCAGCGCUAGGCUCUGCUCCCCCUGUGCGGGAGCGCAGAUGUCAUACGGAUGACAUAAAGAACGUGUACUGUGGCAGGAACGGCUUCACCAACCCCCGCCUUCUCUGCCCGCACCUGCGGCUGCAGCCCCCUGUGGAUGAGGAGGGACAGGAUGAUGCUCGAGUCCCGAAGACCACGAGGGGGAGUGUUCCCAAGGGAGUCGGGGUCCUGGCGUCGGAAAGCGAACUUCUGCGGCGAUCCCUGAAGUCUAUAAGAUCCUCUUCACCCCACGUCAAUUUGCUUGCGGCUGAAAGCGACAACAGCGGUAACAGCAGCGACGACUCCUGGCUUAUGUCGGAAGAGGAGUAUUCAAACAUCCAUGAGUGGGAAGAGGAGGAGGAGGAGGAGGAGGAGG